AUGCUGAGGUCGACGGAGGAGCGGACGGUGUACGAGGCGGAGCGGGCGAUCAGGAACCUGGCCGCGGAUGGAGGCGGCGAAGUGAUGGAUUUUUUUGAUGAUUUCAGGGUCGGAAAGGAUGCGCCGCCACUAUUUGCUGACGCAGCGGCAUCAGCAGGCGGCGGAGGGUGUUGGCAGCCUGGACAGGAUUUGGGUCGUCAGUUCCUCCGGCAACCAUUCGUCGAAUUGCCUUCUUUUACCGUCGCCGGUGGACAUCUUUGGAGAGAUCGGGAUGAUCAGAUCGUGUGCUUAGAUUUACGGUCAGCGGCGGCCGUGUUAUUUAUUUAA